AUGCCAGACCCGCUCUCAACCUUCCUCCACCUCCUCCUUCUCUUCAAGUUGGUUGCCCCCGUGACCUUUCGCCACCACCGCUAUGAUGACCUCGUGCGGACGCUGUACAAGGUGCACAACGAAUGCCCCUCGGUCACGCGGAUUUACACCAUUGGCCACAGUGUGAAGGGGAGACUCCUCUAUGUCCUGGAAUUCAGCGACAACCCUGGAACCCACGAGUCCUUGGAACCGGAAUUCAAGUACGUGGGGAACAUGCACGGCAACGAGGUGCUGGGCCGCGAGCUGCUGCUGCAGCUGUCGGAGUUCCUGUGCGAGGAGUUCCGAAGCCACAACCCGCGCAUCGUGCGGCUGGUGCACAGCACGCGCAUUCACAUCCUGCCGUCCAUGAACCCCGACGGCUACGAGGUGGCCGCCGCCCAGGGCCCAGACAUUUCUGCGUAUCUGAUUGGUAGGAACAAUGCAAAUGGAGUGGACUUGAACCGAAACUUCCCCGACCUCAAUACCUACAUCUACUACAAUGCAGAGCAUGGAGGCCGCAAUCACCACUUGCCCCUGCCGGACAACUGGAAGAGUCAGGUGGAACCCGAGACCCAGGCUGUGAUCCAGUGGAUCCGCUCCUUCAACUUUGUUCUAUCAGCCAACCUCCACGGGGGGGCAGUGGUGGCCAAUUACCCCUAUGACAAGUCCAUGGGGCAUGGAGUCCGAGGUUUCCACCGUUCAGCCAACACCCCCACGCCUGACGACAAGCUUUUCCAGAAGCUGGCCAGAGUCUACUCCUAUGCACAUGGAUGGAUGCACCAGGGCUGGAACUGUGGGGAUUACUUCCCGGACGGCAUCACCAAUGGGGCUUCCUGGUAUUCUCUCAGCAGGGGAAUGCAAGACUUUAAUUAUCUCCACACCAACUGCUUUGAGAUCACACUGGAACUGAGCUGUGACAAGUUUCCCCGCCAAGAGGAAUUACAGCGCGAGUGGCUGGGUAAUCGGGAAGCCCUGAUCCAGUUCUUGGAACAGGUACACCAAGGCAUCAAGGGAAGGGUGGCAGAUGAGAAUAAUAAUAACCUCCGAGACACUGUCAUUUCUGUCGAUGGGAUUAACCACGAUGUCACUUCAGGAGAUGAUGGUGACUACUUCCGGCUGCUGCUUCCAGGCACUUACACUGUCACUGCCACAGCACCCGGGUAUGUCCCAGAGACUGUGACUGUGACCGUGGGGCCUGGGGAGCCCCAAGAGGUUAACUUCUACCUCAAGAGAAGCAUCCCUCAAGCAACUCCCACUAGGACAGCUCCUGACUCAGUGUAUGAGGACAGAGUUUUACAAAAGAAAGUACAGCCACGGGUAGCUAGGAAGAGAGACAGGGGUGUGAAGUAGCCCCAGAGUCCCUGCCUGAAAUCUGCAGUGCUCAGCACUUUAGAAAGCCUUUAUUUCUGUUCUGCAAUCAGAUGAAGCUUUCUUUCUGUUUUGUUAUCUGGGACAUUUUUAAAUGUAAACAAAUUCAGAACAGAUCAGAAUGGCCCCUGUGUCCCAGAGGCAAGGACUGUGCCACAAUAACGUACACUUAGCGUGCUCAGUAAGGUUUUCCAAUUCUCGGGUCUGGUUUAUGUCCAGAAGGCUCCG